UUAUCCGGGCUCCCUUCAAGGUUGAAUCGCAUUACUCGCGAGAAGACCAGCAAAAUGGACGGGCGUGAUAGAACCUUCAAGCAGAAAGUCGACGGUUUCACGACUUUCUUAUGGAAUUCGGAUGAAAAGAAAUUUUUAGGCCGAAAUGCAAGGAGUUGGGCUGAGAUUGGUUUCUUCUAUCUGAUUUUCUAUGCCUGUUUAGCUGGUUUCUUCUCCUCUAUGCUGGUGGUAUUUUAUCAGACCAUUGAUGAACAUUAUCCAAAAUUGAUGGGAACAGACAGUUUACUUAAAGGCAAUCCAGGAAUGGGAUAUAAACCAAAACCAAAUAUUGAUUCCACCCUAAUCCGAUAUUUACACAAAGAAGCUGAAUCCUACAAAGUUUUUACAACAGAAUUAGACGAGUACCUUGCCACAUAUAGUCAGCAGAGUACAAAUAACAGUAAUGUAGUUGAAUGUAACACAACAGAUUUGAGACCUGAUGAAACAAAACCAUGUAGAGUUGACAUAGAAGCUCUAACACAGAACUGUUCUUCAAGUAAUGGCUAUGGAUUUCCAGAUGGUGAACCUUGUGUUUUGUUGAAACUGAAUAAAAUAUUCAACUGGAUACCUGAGAAAUACACUGAUUUACCUGAGGAUAUGCCUGAAGAUGUUAAAGCUGAUUAUUUCACAAAAUCACAAAUUUGGAUCUCAUGUGAAGGCGAGAAUCCUGGAGACAGUGAGAAUCUUGGAACCCCAGUCUUUUAUCCAACUCAGGGAUUAGGGUUACAGUAUUUCCCAUUCCAGAAUCAGAAAGGCUACCUUGCACCUGUUAUCUUUGUCAAAUUUGUUGGAAUAAAGAAACAUCUUGGUUUGAUGGUUGAGUGCAAAGCUUGGGCCAAAAACAUUAAACAUAAUCGCAGUUUGAAAGAAGGAAGUGUCCAUUUUGAAAUUCUUGUAGAUUAACACUUAUUAGGUUAUUUUUUAUUUUUUUUUUUUUUUUUACUGUGGAACAAACUAAAAUACUCUAAGUUCAAAUCAAGUUCCAUGUACUUGACAUAUUAUUGUUCUGUUAACUUUAGGCCACAACAUUUUAAUGUUUCACUGAAUUGUAAUUAUAUCUAAAAUUGAUAAGUUGUAUAUUAAAAAGCACAUCUUUUGGAGAAGAAUCUAUGAAAAUUUUCCCUUUUUUUUCUUUUUUUAUCCAUUGACUUCGUAGAACAAUUUUAUAACCACCCAUAAAUGAAGUUCUGAUUAUUAUGAAAUUUCACCAUUGAGUCGCAUUAUUUUCAGAAAGAUUGUGAAAGUGUGAAUAAGAGUGAAUGAUUUUUUUUUUUUUUUAAUGGUUUUUAUAUGAUUAUGGAAGUAUAAGCGAGAGAAUUUCAUUGAGGCUAUGUGGGGAUUUUAACUGUUCUUUUUUGUGUUAAUUAUUAUUUGUAAUCAUAUAGACCAUUCCCCACUGACACCUUUGUUUAUUUGGUUUAAAUCAUUAAAAAUUGUUUUUUUAUUUUUAUUACAUACGCUAAAAUUUCAAACUACAUCAGUUUAUUUUUUGUAAACAAAUAAAAGCAAUUAAAUGAAAUUAAGGAAUAUUUUGUCUUUAUAUAUUUUUUCUCUCUCUCUUCUCCACUUUGUGUGUAUGAUGGUAUUGUUAAGGCACUGACCUGGUUUCUAAAUUCACAAAUCUGAUUCAGAACCACACCAGGAAUAUUAGUUUUAAGACUUGAAAUCUCAAAUCAUUAGCAAUCUGAAUGAAUGAAAUUUAUUCAUUUGAAAUGAAUGUUAAAGAAUUCACAUUAUUUGCAUUUACAAUCAUUUGUAUGUUUACAUAUAUAAAAGCAAGGAAUUUGACUGAAUGUAUUUGUAUUGGGGCAUGUGAUGUGAAUUCUAUGCAUUUUGCACGCUAGAGAUAUGAGAUAUAAUUGUUAUUAGAUGUAUAGUCAUUCACUGCGAUGUAUUUUUGUGAAGAUUACAUGUUAUAUUGCCAGAUAAUUAGAUGUGAAUAUGUUUAAAUUUCUAUGUCAAAGGUAACUUUGUAGCGUACAAAUUAUAUUAAAUUAAUUGUUUAUAUACAGAAUUCUACAUCCUAUAAUAAAAUGUUUUUAAUUUCGAA